CAUUUAUGAAAGCGAAAAGCAGUUCAGCUCAGCGCUCCACUGAUCCACUCCACUUUCGUCUCCGCCUCUCCGGUCUCCCCAAAUGGCCACCGACUCUCCCCCUCUCCGCAUGACGUGAAAAGCCGGCACCUAGACGGAAAGGCCGGAGGCGCGGAGCGGCGGAGGGAGACAUCGCGUGGAGCGGCGGAGAUCCCGCCUUUUCCGUCGGAUUUGACGGCCCACGCCCUCCCACUCUCUCUCUCCGGGAGGCGGGAGCCAGGAGACCACCACCACCCUGCCGGCCAGUAUAUCACACCGCGCGCCUGGGCCGUCAACGGCUACUUGCGCCCUCCCAUGGAACAGCGGGAGGCGCGGCAAGAGGAGGAGGAGGAGGAGGAGGAGGUGGAGCAGUGGCACGAGGCGCCGUCGGUUCCUCCCAGGGAAAACAAGGAGGAAAGAGAUCGAAACCUAUCCUCUCGUGUGGUUUCUUUGUUAUUUGGUGGUGAUAUCUCAACACCGGGUCAGACAUUCGAGAAAUGGGUUUCAUUGGUACGUAAACGAAGUGGGGCAUUCCGCCCAUCAGGGUUCCCACGCCGGAAUUCAAGGAUUGAAGUCAUGCCAAGUGGGAGUUUCUCACUUUUCAGUACAGCAGACUUAAGCGAGCAAGUGGUUACAGCAGAGCUCGUAGCCAAAGAAGAGAUACCAUUGAUGAUCAGUCAGCCUACCGAAAUAAGUUUGUGGGAGAGACUUGGAAAUGCUUCUGCAUUAGAUAUUGAAUCACCUGACUUUUCAUGGAAUAUGCUGUCAUCUCUGCACCAUACAGAGCAUAGCAGUAGUUCGGAACACUCUGAAGAUGAAAUGAGCAAAGCUCUUGAGGUGACUGUGAACUCUGGUGGUGUAGUGUUCUUUGCUCUAUUUAGUUCUUCAGGUAAUGUCUUGCCAAAAGAAGCAGCUGCUGUUAUAAAGUUCUCAUCAUCAAAGAUGUCAACUCAGGCAGAACGUCUGGGUUAUGAAUUUGCAAGAUUGCUUGGAGUUCAGACACCACAAGCUAGAGUAGUACACAAUUCUAGCCAAGAGUGGCAGGAGAUUAGACAGGCUGCAGAAAAUGCACGAUCAGCAGCGGUUUCAAAUAAUGAUGAGGUUGGUGAGAUGACAUGCUCAGAAUUGUUGGAAGCUCUUGAGCUAAGCCGCUGCCUCCUUCUAAUGAGUUAUAUCCAUGGGUCUCCCCUUCUUGAGAGUUCAAAGGCAUUUAGUCCACGGGAGGAUGCUUGCAUUACUGCUUCAUCCUUGGGUAGGGUCUUCAUGCUAGAUCUGAUACUCAGAAAUGAGGACAGACUCCCAUGCCGUCAACUUGGUUGGCGUGGCAAUCCUUCAAACCUGAUGAUUUCAGAUAGAUCAUCUGUACUGGACAGAUUGGAUGAUUCCAAGUGCACUACAGAUAGUUCCAUUCCACCGAUUACUCAAUUUGUGCAGAGUGAAAAGCUGCGGACUCACUCUGCAAAUGCAACCAUGAAUUCUCCAGAGUCUGUAACCAUGUCACCAAAACCAGAUGCAUCGAGAAGUGUAAGAGGAAAUGCUGAACGUUUGGAUGUGCCUUUCCACAUUGUAGCAAUUGACACUGGAGUGCCCCGCCGUCCCCCUGCAGGGAGACGGGUGAAAGAUCAUGAGCGGUAUCCCAAAGUUGUGCAGCUCAUCUUGAAUAAUUCAGAUUACUCCUCAAAUAUGUUGUAUGAAAUUUCUGGUGGUAAGCUUGGGAUUCCUGGACCUGAUGAAGCAAUCACUUCCACUGAUCUUUGUUGUUCCAUUUCUGAUGAAGACAAUACUGCUGCGAUUCAUGAAUUCCGGGGGGCAUUUCGUGCGGCUCUUAGGGAUCUGGAGGGGUUCCAUCUAUUUCUUCUCCAGCUAUACCAAAAACUAGAUGGCAUUUUGCGAGUUUUCUUGUCCAUAGUUACUAAAGGUUCUGAAGAAUCUGACAACAAUGAUGUUACAGUUCCUGAUUUUCCAUCACCAGGUGCUGGCUAUAGUACUCCUUGCCCUCCUAGUAAGCAUAUGAAUAGUGAACCGCACAAUGAUUCUGAAAUACUGAAAUCAACAACAAAGCCUUCUUCUGCGGGAUCCCGGGGAAGCUCAGAUUCAGUAUCCCCUCUGUCAAGAGACAGUUGGAGUAAUAAAUAUUUUAAAGGGAGUGCAGAGGGUCCCCGGCAUUUAAGAAUGACAAUGAAACUCCGUGAUUUUUACAAGACUCCGAAGGUUGAUCCUGAAUUGCUCAAAGAGAUAGAACAAUGGAAUGAGAUGCUUAAGUCUGAUGUAAUAAAAUUUUGUGAGGAGAACAAUUUUCAUUCUGGAUUUUUCGAUGGCAAUGAGAACAACAUGGUAGCUGAUGCAUAUGAAUUGAAGGUGCGUCUAGAACACAUCAUCGAAAGGAUAGCCUUGGUCUCUGAUGCUGCAAAUACCGAGCGGCCUUCUCUUGUUAUCAACAACUUGUUUAUAGGUGGGGCUCUGGCUGCAAGGUCUAUGUACACACUUCAGCAUUUGGGCAUUACCCAUAUACUAUGUUUGUGUUCAAAUGAGAUUGGCCAGUCUGAUUCCCAAUUUCCUGAUCUUUUUGAAUACAAGAACUUUUCAAUUAGUGACGACGAUGAUGCAAAGAUCAGCGAUCUUUUUGAAGAAGCCUCAGAUUAUAUCGAUCAUGUAAAUCAUGUUGGAGGCAAGGUUCUUGUUCAUUGCUUUGAAGGAAAAAGUCGGAGUGCCACAAUUGUGCUUGCUUACCUGAUGCUCAGAAAGGGCCUCACUCUCGCCAAAGCUUGGAACUUACUGAAGAAAGUGCAUCGUCGAGCACAACCGAAUGAUGGUUUCGCAAAGGCUCUUCUAGCCCUCGACAGGAAGCUGCACGGAAAGGUGUCAAUGGAUUGGCAGCACAAGCGACCUGAGAUGAAGGUGUGCCCAAUCUGCAGCAAGAGCGUCGGGCUGAGCACGAGCUCACUCAAGCUGCAUUUGCAGAAGGCUCACAAGCGGCUAUCUGCAGGGAGCGUGGAUAGUGCCAUGACCCUGGAGAUCCAGAAGACGAUCCAGUCGCUCCGGAUCAGCCGUGGUGGGAGCCUGAGCCCUUCUCAGAAGCUUACGAAGGCGUUUGCUGAUGAGCUCAGCUUCUGAAUCAAUUCUUAGUGUUGUGGCAGUAUGAUAUACACAGUACACGUUUUCAAGCCGAUGUAAUUUAGGUGUAGAUAUAUCAAGCAGGCCGAACUAUAGGUGU